CGAGCUCUGGAUGCGAGGAUUAUCCCGCUACACUGGAUUUGACCUCAGCAUCAGUCAUCCGCGUUCCAUCACUAGCAAUGAGGAUUUAACGUUUUGGACAAAAUGUGUUAACCGGAUUCUCUAUCGGUGGAGUACAAUCGAAAUCAAUCAAGAUCAGGCAAAAGAAGGCUCAUAAACAUGUGGCAAAACAACAGAAUCAGAACCAACAUGGAGAACCUUUGUUUUAAUCCCGAAAGUCGACUCAAGGGAACAUCAUCAGUAAAGCAUUUCUAACAGAUAAGUGAAGCUGAAUAGUAGUCCACUUUUAUUCUCAAGGCUGCUUGGAAUUCAAUCUGGUAGUCCUCAAUAGGAUUCAUGAUAGCAUGUGUGAAGAACCUCAGUGGCCUUAUCUUUUUUGCCCAUAUUGUUGUCAAUUAAGGAUUUGAUGUUUCUUCAAUGACCUCCACUAUAUUUUCCUGAAAAUAGCAUAAAGGAGUUUUAUUGUUUUUCAUUGCUCAAGGAUCCCUUGUAGCAUACGCUCUGGUUACCAUGCCUCCCCAUUGCCAGCCUCAUUGUGUACUCUUGCUGCUCAGCACCUUCUUGAGUCUUGGUUUGGGCCUGGAGUUCACAGGUUCAGAGGGUCAGUGGGCACGCUAUCUUCGCUGGGAUGCCAGCACCAGAAGUGACCUCAGCUUUCAAUUUAAAACAGCAAUAUCAGAUGCUCUGGUUCUCUACUUUGACGAUGGAGGCUAUUGCGACUUCCUGCUCCUGAGUAUUGAGGAUGCCAAGCUCAAGUUGCAUUUUAGCGUGGACUGUGCAGAAACCACUAUAAUCUCUGACAAGAUGGUAAACGACAGUCACUGGCACUUUGCUACCAUAAGCAGGCACAACUUGCGAACUGUGUUGGCAUUGGACGGAGAUUCAAAGGUGGAUGAGGUGAGACCACAAAGGCAGUUCAUGAAAAUUGUUAGUGACCUGUAUCUUGGAGGAGUCCCUCAAGACAUUCGGACAUCUGCCCUAACACUACCAGCAGCUAAAGAGAUGCCACCAUUCAAGGGGAUUAUUACAGACCUUGGAUAUGGCAAUAAGGUUCCAACGCGGCUUGGGAGCCAAAAGGUCCGCUUAGAGAUGGAAGGUUUUUGUACAGAGAACCCCUGUGAAAAUGGAGGCAGUUGCAGCAUGGCUGAUGGUGAGGCUUACUGUGACUGCUCUAAAACUGGAUAUGCAGGAAGGUACUGCAACGAAGCUGUCAACAAAAACCCUGGGUUCGCACAUAUGGUGAAGUCUCCUCAAGGCUAUGGCAGUGCAGUUGACCCAUAA